AUGCCUUCAAAAACACUUACCCGUGCUGAGGUCGCCAAGCAUAAUACCGAAGAAUCUCUUUGGUGUAUUAUCGACCACCGCGUAUAUGAUCUGACUGAUUUCGCGGAUGCCCAUCCGGGCGGGUCCGUCGUGCUCGCCCAGGUAGCUGGCCAAGAUGCGACAGCAGACUUCUACAACCUACAUCGUCAGGAAGUGCUGGAGAAAUACCGCGAUCAAUUAUCCAUCGGAGUUAUCGAGGGCGAGAAGCCUGAGGUUAUCGAGCCCAAGGUCGGCGCUGUGAGCACUGUGCCUUAUGCCGAGCCAUUGUGGUUGCGCCCGCAGUUCAAAAGUCCUUACUACAAGGAGAGUCAUCAUCGCUUGCAGAAGGCCAUGCGCGAGUUUACAGACAAAUAUGUUACUGCUGAGGCACAGGAGAAGGAGAAAGACGGUACUUAUAUCAGUCAGGAGUUGAUUGAUCGUAUGGCUGAGACGAAUAUUUUGGCUAUGCGCCUGGGUCCUGGCAAGCACCUCCACGGCCGUAAGCUGCUUGGUGGUAUUGUGGAUGGAAAGGAGUUUGAUUACUUCCAUGAUAUGAUUGUCGCCCAGGAAUCCGUGCGCGCAAACGCUCGAGGUUUCCAAGAUGGCAACAUGGCUGGCAUGACUAUCAGUCUCACAGCAGUCCAGCAGUGGCUACGGGAUCCCGUGCUGAAGGAGAAGGUGACGGAGGAGGUCUUGUCAGGGAAGAAGAAGAUGUGUCUCGCGAUCACCGAGGCUUUCGCUGGCAGUGAUGUUGCGGGUCUGAAGACUACUGCUGAAAAGACACCGGAUGGCAAAUUCUACGUUGUAAACGGCACAAAGAAGUGGAUCACCAACGGCAUGUUCGCCGACUACUUUGUCACCGGAUGCAAGACCGAGAAAGGAUUCACUGUGCUUUUAAUUCCCCGUGACGAUGGUGUUGAGACAAAGCAGAUUAAAACUUCCUACUCGACUGCCGCCGGUACUGCUUUCGUUCAGUUCGAGAACGUCAAGGUACCCGUGAACAACAUUCUCGGCCAGGAACACAAAGGAUUUGCUGUUAUCAUGUCGAAUUUCAACCACGAGCGGUUCUACAUGGCGGCAGGAGUGACCCGAAACAUGACCUCUGUUGUCGAGGAAUGCCUCAAGUGGUGCAACCAGCGGAUCGUAUUUGGGAAGAAGCUGGUUGAGCAACCAGUCAUGCGCCAAAAACUUGCUCGCAUGAUUUCCCUCGCUGAAUCUCACCAGGCCUGGCUCGAGUCCAUCGUCUUCCAGAUGUGUAAUAUGAGCUACACUGAGCAGGCGAAGCACCUUGCAGGCCCAAUUGGCUUGCUCAAGUCUAGCGCCACUCGUGCUGCACAUGAAGUUGCUGACCACGCUGUGAACAUUUUUGGUGGGCGAGGUUUGACGCAGAGCGGCAUGGGCAAGGUUGUUGAAAUGUUCCACCGUGGAUACAAAUUCGAUGCUAUCUUGGGUGGAACAGAGGAGAUUCUUGCGGAUCUGGGUGUUCGGCAAGCGAUGAAAGAUUUCCCCAAGGCGAUGCUUUAA